AUGGCAUCAGAUCAAGUUUUUCCAGCGAUUGGAAAUCUUGCAGAGCGUGCCGAUGCACUCGACGGAGAUACCAAACAGGAGGACGCGGUGGCUGACGAGGAAAGGCCACUGCAGGAGAUCGAAUCUCUGUGCAUGGCAUGCGGACAGCAGGGUGUGACCAGGUUGAUGCUCACCUCUAUCCCUUAUUUCAAAGAGGUCAUCGUAUCCUCUUUUCGUUGCGAGCAUUGUGGAAAUCAAAACAACGAGAUCCAAUCUGCCGGCGCAUACCGAGACUUUGGGCUAGUUUAUACCGUCAAAGUUCUUAAUGCUGGAGAUCUGAACCGACAAUUGGUCAAAUCGCACUAUGCCACUGUCACAAUCCCCGAGCUCGAGCUCACGAUCCCGCCGAGUCGGGGUCAACUUACGACGAUUGAAGGCCUCUUGAAUAACGUUAUCGAUGAUUUAUCGCCUGAACAACCACUGCGACGGAUACAGGAUCCUGCAGCUUACGAAAAAAUACAGUCUAUUCUCGAUAAACUCCGAGAAAUCAUUCCAGAAGACUCUGAAGAAGAGGAUUCAGAACCAGGGGACGGGAGGAAGCGACUGACAAAAGAAGAAAAGGCCAAUGCGGAUCGUCCGGUUCCCCCGUUUACGCUCAAAGUGGAAGACCCAUCAGGCAACUCGUUUGUCGAGUUCAUAGGGUCCAUGUCAGAUCCUAAAUGGAAUAUGCGCGAGUAUCAUCGCUCGACGGAGGACAACGUCCUCCUGGGCUUGAUCUCGCCUGACGAAGCCAUGGCGAGCGUUAAACAGGUCCCUGCAGGCGAAAACGCAGAAGUGGACAAGGUGGAGAUGGAUGAGGUACUUGUCUUCCCUGGCAAGUGCUCUAGCUGCUCGCGGCCGCUGGAUACCAAGAUGAAGCGAGUGGACAUUCCGUACUUCAAGGAGAUUAUUAUCAUGUCGACCAAUUGCGAGUCAUGCGGCUACCGAGACAACGAGGUCAAGUCAUCUGGUGCCAUCUCUGAAAAGGGGAAACGCAUCACGCUCAAGGUCGAAGACUCAGACGACCUCAGUCGCGACAUUCUAAAGAGCGAGACAUGCGGACUUCGAAUACCCGAGAUUGACCUCACCCUCACUGCGGGUACGCUCGGUGGUCGAUUUACGACGAUCGAGGGCGUGCUCGACCAAGUGUAUGACGAGCUCAGCGGAAAGCUAUUCUCCGGUGACUCGGCGACGAUCGAGGACCACAACUCGUUUCACUCGUUCCUCUCCAGGCUCAAGGAGGUCAAGUCAGGCUCACGGCCGUUUACGCUCAUUCUCGACGACCCGCUCAGCAAUUCAUACUUGCAAAACCUAUAUGCGCCCGACCCAGAUCCAAACAUGACCAUCGAACUCUACGAUCGUACUGAGGAGCAGAAUGAUGAUCUAGGACUCUCGGACAUGAAGGUUGAAGGAUACGAAAACGAUGCAGAAGCACUGCCCAAAAAGCCGGACUAG